CGACCUCUUCUCUGCUCCUGCCCCCGCGGCUCUGGAAGCUUCUGAAGGGGGACGGUUGGACAUAACAAAAUCCACCUUCAUCCUAAAUCAGGCUUCUUAUUUCAUCUCCAGAACACAUCGGUCCAACUCUGAAGUGUUCCCUCGACAUCUUCCAACGAUUAUAAAGUCGUGAUGCCAGAAGCGAUGGCUGUACCAAAGGCUUCAAACGGAGGCAAAAACAAAGGAGGGGCGUAUGUGGACCGCGACAAGCCGGCACAGAUUCGGUUCAGUAACAUUUCUGCUGCCAAAGCUGUUGCUGAUGCCAUAAGAACCAGUCUGGGACCCAAAGGAAUGGACAAGAUGAUCCAGGAUGAGAAAGGUGACGUGACCAUCACCAACGAUGGGGCCACCAUCUUGAAGCAGAUGCAGGUGCUCCACCCCGCAGCCAAGAUGCUGGUGGAGCUGUCCAAAGCUCAGGACAUUGAGGCUGGUGAUGGCACCACCUCUGUAGUGGUGAUUGCAGGCGCCCUCCUUGAUGCCUGUUCCAAACUGCUCCAGAAAGGUAUCCACCCCACCAUCAUCUCUGAGUCGUUCCAGAAGGCGGUGGACAAGGGUGUGGAGAUUCUGACGGCUAUGAGCCGGCCCGUGGAGCUGAGCGACCGUGAGACGCUUCUCAACAGCGCCACCACGUCACUGUGCUCCAAGGUGGUGUCGCAGUACUCCAGCUUGCUGGCCCCCAUGAGUGUGGACGCUGUCAUGCGGGUCAUCGACCCUGCCACUGCCACUAGCGUGGACCUGCAGGACAUCAAAGUCAUCAAGAAGCUCGGGGGGACCAUCGACGACUGUCAACUGGUGGACGGGCUGGUGCUGACCCAGAAGGUGGCCAGCGCUGGUGUGAGCCGGGUGGAGAAGGCCAAGAUUGGCCUCAUCCAGUUCUGUUUGUCUCCUCCCAAAACUGAUAUGGACAACCAGAUUGUGGUGUCGGACUACGCUCAGAUGGACCGUGUGCUGCGUGAGGAGCGCGCAUACAUCCUCAACAUGGUCAAACAGAUCAAGAAGGCCGGCUGCAACGUGCUGCUCAUCCAGAAGUCCAUUCUCAGGGAUGCCCUGAGCGACCUUGCCCUGCACUUUCUCAACAAGAUGAAGAUAAUGGUGGUGAAAGACAUCGAGAGGGAAGACAUCGAGUUCAUUUGCAAGACUAUUGGCACUAAGCCCAUCGCCCACAUCGACCACUUCACUCCCGAGAUGCUCGGUGCCGCCGAGAUGGCAGAGGAGGUCAACUUGGACGGCUCGGGCAAGCUGAUCAAGAUCACGGGGUGCACCAAUCCCGGGAAGACGGUGAGCAUUGUGGUCAGGGGCUCCAACAAGCUGGUGAUCGAGGAGGCGGAGCGCUCCAUCCACGACGCUCUCUGCGUUGUCCGCUGUCUGGUGAAGAAAAGGGCCCUGAUUGCUGGCGGUGGCGCCCCGGAGAUUGAGCUCGCCGUGCGUCUCGCCGAGUACUCUCGCACGCUAGGCGGCAUGGAGGCGUACUGUGUGAGGGCGUACGCCGACGCCCUGGAGGUCAUCCCCUCCACGCUGGCAGAGAAUGCUGGCUUGAACCCCAUCUGCACUGUGACGGAGCUCCGAAACAGGCACGCUCAGGGAGACAAGAUGGCAGGCAUCAACGUGCGCAAGGGAGGCAUCUCCAACAUUCUGGAGGAGCUGGUGGUGCAGCCAUUACUGGUCUCCAUCAGCGCACUCACCUUGGCUACAGAGACAGUCCGCAGCAUCCUCAAGAUUGACGACGUGGUGAACACACGAUAAGUUUGAUGCCGGCCCAUUUAGUCGCUUGGUGAGGGACCCAACAAAUCGCCCAUCAUCGCCCUAUGUUGAUGAUGCUCUUGUUAGGUUGCAUAAGUUAAUAAAAUCCUUUUUUUGACACCCGA